AUGAAAGAAUGCAACCUAAUCCCGCUUGACCUCUCAUUCGUCCGCUCAGGCAGCCCACCCAGCUGCACGGGCCACAUCAGCCCCGGCGGCUGCAGGUCCGCGGACGACGUCGAGAUGGGGUCCCCGAUAUCCUGGUGCGGCUCGCUCGUCGUCCCCGAGCGGCCGCGCACGUCCGAGCCAGCGGGCGACGUUCGGCCUCACCCCACCCCGCGCGCGGCGGGCAUCCCGCCAGAGAAGUGGCGCAUCCUCCCCGGCCGGUACGUCGCCUUCGCGCUCAACACGGACUCGCUCGUCGCGAGCGCCGCCGAGGGCUCCGACCACCGCGCCGCGCUCGAGGCGUUCGCCGGCCGCCGCUACCUCGGCCUCGUCGUCACCUCGACGCUGCACCCGCUCGAGGACGAGUCGGGGGCGUACGCGGAGGACGUCGUCGCGAUGUACGUCGGCGCCGCGCCGCCGCCCGGGCCCGCCGCGCCGCUCUGCCUGCCCAUCGCGCCCUGCCGGCUCGACUGCGAGGGCGAGGCGGCGGACGGGGUGCUCACGCCCGUCCGCCCGUUCCCGUUCGCGAACCGACGGCAGUGGACGGCGUUCGGCGCGGAGUGCAAGGUCGACGAGGACGUCUUCGCCGCGCUCGAGGAGGUCUUCGGGCGGGACUUUGCGGCACUGGAGGCGCUCUGCGCGGACAUGCACGCGCCCCUACUGGACGCGGACGAAAGUGGAGUGGUGACCACCGCGAAGCUUCGCGUGGCACCGCCGACGAGCCGAUUCCAGCAACGGCUGAUUGAGACCAUCCAGGAGGCGCAGGGGCAGGAGGACGAGGGUGCGGAAAUGGAGUCCGGAGACAGCUAG